UGACCUCCGUGUUUUCCCCCCUCCCCCUGUCUGUCGACUGGAUUGGCUCGCUUAUCUAUUCUUUGCAUGUGCUCUCUUUCUUGUCUUUCCAUCAUGACCGAUACCUUCGGUUUGGGCUUUCGACGAGAUGCUCUUCUUCGUACUGAUGCUUACGUCGGAUGUAACCGACUGAAGGAUAUCCUGGUAUGGCAACGUAUCGACAACGUUGACUAUCUAUGUUUGCAGGACCCUCGGGACAGUGGUGGACGUAGGCUGAAUUCGCCCACUCCAGGCAUUUUCACUUUUGUUGCGGUUGCGAGUAGCGCUGCUGCUCGGCUCAACAAGUUGUCGGGCGUCGGUGAUUAUCACGCGGCUAAUCCUAAGCCGUUGGCCAAACUUAAAUGGGUACUACAUUUCACUCGUUCUCGAGGUACGCCUUUUCAAGAGGACUGGGAUGCCGGGAUUUCGGUGCUUCAGCAUGCGCAGCAUCUUAAGACUUCUGGUGUUCCCAAUGAUAUGAUAAUUAUUCAUGAAUUGGGGGCUGCAGAGCUGAGAACGACCUCGCGGAUGUUCAAGCCAAAGUCGACUUCUGACAUGGAUGCCGCUACUAGGAAUUACAUCGUGCCUGCAGAGCAUCGCCAGGAGUACAUUGCGACGACCAGAUGAUAUGCUCUUGACCCUAUUGAUAUCAGGUCGUAUACUGGGUGGUCAGUCAUCAUGGGUUCCCUCGCAGAGGAUACAGUGGGUGGUUCUCUGUGUCUAGUAUCAUUUAAGGUGAUACAUUACUUCAUCGCUU